UCCAUCUCAAAACAAGAGGAACGGAGCAGGAUGUCUAGCAAAAAGGCAAAGACGAAGACCACCAAGAAACGCCCUCAGCGUGCCACUUCCAAUGUCUUUGCAAUGUUUGAUCAGUCACAGAUUCAGGAGUUCAAGGAGGCCUUCAACAUGAUCGACCAGAACAGGGAUGGCUUCAUUGACAAAGAGGACUUGCACGAUAUGCUCGCCUCCCUUGGAAAGAAUCCAACGGAUGAAUACCUCGAUGCCAUGAUGAAUGAGGCUCCGGGCCCCAUAAACUUCACAAUGUUCCUUACAAUGUUUGGCGAGAAGUUAAAUGGCACCGAUCCGGAAGACGUAAUCAGGAAUGCUUUUGCUUGUUUUGAUGAAGAAGCAACAGGGUUCAUCCAGGAAGACUACCUGCGAGAGCUGCUGACGACAAUGGGAGACAGGUUCACAGAUGAAGAGGUGGAUGAGCUGUACAGGGAGGCACCCAUCGACAAAAAGGGGAAUUUCAACUACAUUGAGUUCACGCGCAUCCUGAAACACGGGGCAAAAGACAAGGAUGACUGAGCAAAGCUCCUGAUACCUGCAGAUAGCUUCUUCCUUCUCACACCCAUAAUUUUUGUUUCU